AUGGAUGAUCAAACUGUCGCUCAUUUUCGUGUGUAUGAAACCGGUGAUUCAAAUGGUAAUUGGUUCAUUGCCUCUACGAUUGCAGAGGUCAGGGAUCUUGUAUCCCAUAGUUCUGACUUUUUGGCGUGCUCUCGUCCCAAUCUCGCCCACCUUUCCACGCCCGCUCUGAAGAAGUCACGGACAUAUGAGAUACUCAUCGUUGACGACGGGUCUGCGGACGAGACGUCGGCGCUGGGCGUGAAGCUCGCAGGGGAGUAUCCGGAGAGCGAUAUACGUGUCGUCACCCUGGAGAAGAACUUGGGGAAAGGCGGUGCCGUGAGGCAUGGGAUGCUGUAUGCGCGGGGACAGCGGUUGCUGAUGGUAGAUGCAGAUGGCGCAAGUCGGUUCGAGGACUUGGAGCUCUUGUGGGAGGCUAUGGACAAGCUUGCUCCGAAAAAUGAACCUGCCGUUGUAGUCGGAAGUAGAGCCCAUCUCGUUAAAACUGAAGCUGUGGUGAAGCGCUCAUUCAUUCGAAACAUACUUAUGUACGGUCUACACACGAUCCUUCGCAUCGUCGGCGUCGGCCAUAUUCGAGACACGCAGUGCGGCUUCAAGCUAUUUACCCGCCGCGCCGCUCAGCAAAUAUUCCCAGCUCAACACCUUGCGACGUGGAUAUUUGACGUUGAGCUAUUGCUGCUCGCCAAGCAGCUAGGUAUACCUGUUGAGGAAGUGCCAGUGGAGUGGCACGAGGUUGCGGGAAGUAAGCUGAACGUGGUCAAGGAUUCGCUGCAGAUGCUGAGGGACUUGCUGGUAUUGCGUGCAAAUAUUUUAUUGGGCCGCUGGAAAGUCUUCAUAGAGGUCCCACCUUUAUUAACUCUGUUUUCGUUGCUCAAUCCGGCUCUUGUUUGA